UGUCAGGAAGUUGUGGGUCUUUGCAAUUUUACAUCUGUGCGCCCGAGUCCCACAAGUGGCAAGGCCGUCAACUCCAGUCUGGCCUGGGACAAUGGCAUCAGGUGGAGGAGGGGAUGUCACCUCUCAGGCUGGAUCCUCUGAUGGUCGAAAGAGAUUUAGUGAAAUAUUCCGGGACCUAGAUGCCUUAGAAAUGAGCCUUGGAAAUGAGACAGUUGACAUGUUUCUGAAUGACACUGGUUUAUCAAAAUCUGAAUCCCAGCAAGAUGACGAUGAUGAAUCAAUGAUCAGCACACCUUUGGAGAUUUCCAGGGUAUCAAGUGACAGAGAUGGAACAACUAUAUCCAAUGAAGAUUCUGAUGAGAUUCUAAUCCAUAGUGAAGGGGGAGUUGAGUCCGCACUCAACUAUGCAAAACGUUGGUGCAAAUAUGUGAGGGAGGUGCUGGGAUAUAUGGAGAGACAACUCAGUUACGAAUCUGAAUAUGCCAAAACUACCAUGAGACUCGCAGAGUCAUCCAGGAUUACCUUCAGUCAACAGCCCUGUAUGCCUCUACAAGAUGUGUAUCUAUUACUGAUGGACCAUGAAAUUCACACAGGAGCCUCUGCCAUCGAAACAGUAGCUCAGCUGCAAAUGAAGAGAUAUUAUCAGCCUCUCUCAGCAAAGAAGACAGAGAUUGACAAGUGGAGAAAAGAAUUUAGAGAGCAGUGGCAAAGAGAACAGAAGAGGAUGAUGGAUGCUCUGUCUGCGCUUCGCAAGGCUCGUCAACAGUAUAUCCAACGUUGUGAAGACCUAGAGAAAGCAAAACAGCUAAGCGCCAAAGUAGAGGAGGAACAGAGUACAGGAACCCUCCAAGGCAGUGCGAACAAACAGUUGGAGAAGCGAAGGAGGUCCAAAGAAGAGGCCCACACCAAGGCACAAGAAGCUGAGGCCACCUAUCGUUCCUGUGUAUCAGACGCUAACAUUCGCUGUCAGAAGCAAGAGAUAGUCAGGGAAAGAAUAGUCUCUCAUAUUAGGAAGCUAAUUCACCAAGGGGACCAGGUGCUUAAGGAGGUGACCUUGAAUCUCCUGCGUAUGAAGCAGUCUCAAUGUGAGUCUAUCCCCUAUGGGUAUGGAAAUCUGUUUACCACAUGCAACCCCUAUGAGGCUGGAGAUAGAUACCUUCAGUUUAUCCUGACUCUACCAAGAAAGCACACUGAGCCUGAGAAAUUUGUUUUCCAGGAGUUCAUCCCUACAGGACAAAGGUCUCCUUCAGGCAGUAGACGUAAGAAUGCAGUGCAGCUUGUGCGAGUCUCUUCUUCAUUGUCUGAACUGAACACAAAGAACGAGGAUGCAUCAGGAAAGAUACCUGCAGGAGAACGAGGUUCUUGGGGCAACAAACUCUUUAACAGCGACUUUGAAAGUAUGGGAGGAAACAGUGAAGCCAGAUCAUUAGAAUCUCCCACACACAGUCCAGGAAACUUGACUAGACGAGGUCCAACAGCUUCAUCCACAGGCACCAUGUCUUCUGACGAUCUAGAUGACAGAGAUUCUGGCCAAGCAGAGGACAUUGACUCAACAGAUGCAACUUCUGAGAACGGCUUGCAUCUUCAGAACUAUGAGAGAACAGGGUUCAUUUUGUCACUAGCUGCUAAAAGUCACCGCCUCCGACGUACAAGGGUGCUCAGCAAGUGCAGGGAAUGUGAGAACUUUAUGGUGUCAGGCGCGGAGUGUGAGGAGUGUUAUUUGACCUGUCACAAGAAGUGCCUGGAAAGUUUGCUGAUCAAAUGUGGUCAUCAGAAGCUACCACCGAAGGUUCCUCUGAUUGGGGUAGACUUUUGCCACUUUCCCCGAUAUUUUCCUGAAGAGGUUCCCUUCAUCAUUGUAAAGUGUACAGCAGAGAUUGAAUUGCGAGCAUUGGGGCAGCAGGGUUUAUAUCGUAUCAGUGGGGCCCAAGUCAGAGUAGAAAAACUUCUCCAAGCUUUUGAAAAUGGAAGAGACCUUGUUGAUCUCUCUGGUCAUUCACCACAUGAUAUCACCAGCACCCUGAAACAAUUUCUGAAAAAGCUUCCAGACUCAGUGGUCUCUCAUCAGCUCUAUGGAGAAUUCAUGGCAUUUUCAAGGGACUUUCAAGAUGACAAGAAAGAGAGUGGACAGCACUCAGAACCUGUACAACAAAUGAAGGAUAUUCUGUGUCGGCUCCCAGCAACUAACUACAACACACUUCGUCAUUUGAUAGCCCACCUUUACAGAGUUUCUGAGAGAUACGAGGAGAACAAAAUGAACCCUAAUAAUUUAGGAAUAAUCUUCGGCCCGACCUUGAUACGACCCUCAGGGGGGCAGGAUAUGUCUAUGAAUUGUCUGAUAGAUUCUGGCUACCAGGCUCAAGCCGUUGAGUUUAUGAUUAACAACUAUGAGAAUAUCUUUGGGAUGGAUGAGUUGCAUUCAGGGGAGGAGCACACAAAAAGAAGUUUUUCAGAGCAGGACUUGUCAUGUGCUGUGCCAACAGGUGGAUUGCAUAGUAACCCUCUGCAUCCAGAACACCAAGGUGACGGAGAGUUGGAAUUUAUGUCAUAUUCUAGGGGACACUUCAGCCGAACACCUGUGAAAGUCCCUCGUGGGGAACAAAACAAAGUUCAAGAAACAGAGGUUUACUCUGAAGUUAGAGAGGAAGAGACAGAAGGAAGAGGCCUUUAAUUCUAGAGACUUAAUGAGGCCCACAAGGGAAAGAGAGGAAUAUUGGAGAUAUGAGCUGGCAUUAGACACAUUGUGGAGAAAGAAAGAAAAACUGCGAGAGAAGGGAAAUACAUAUUUAAAGAGAAACUGCAUGAAGGGCUGGAAAGCUGAAGAUGAGAACUGAGAAAUUUAUGGAUGUAAAUAAGAUAAAGGAAUAGGGAAUAUUUGUUGUGUGGAAAAAUGCAGAGAGUACAGGAGAACUGGAGAAGUGCACAUUGGCCAUCAUAUCAUCACCAAAUAUAUCAACGGUUAUUACCAAUAUAUAUUGUUUUGAGUGGUAGAAACUGGUCAAUAGAAGGUUAAUGGGGGAUCUAGGAAUAUGUUCAACAUUAAAUCAAAAUAGAAGAGGAAUUAUUUAUAGCAAGGGAAAAUGUGUUGUAUUAAACAUUGUGAAUGCAACAUCUCAAUUUAAAUAUGUCACAAUCAAAAUUUUGCAGCAAAUGAAAUGUCCUAGAAUAUAGUAAGUGCUUUGCCGCUCUCUCUGACAGCUGAGGGGUUAACAAAAGUGAGGCCGGGCAUGCAACAUUUCAAGGAGCAAGAUGUUGACUAUAGCAUUUAUACUGCAACACUCUUAGAACAUGAUGAAACUGAAUUUUUCUUGUGCACCGUUACAGUAAUAGAUCAUGCAGAGCACUGCAGGAAAUAUGCUACAUAUGAGAUGGGGGCACGUACUGCAGUUGUUUGCAUUGUGUGAAUGUUAUGGAUGCUGAAAGUGAUGCAUGAUGGGAAGUCUGUCAGAUUUGUGAGGAGAGGAAGAAAGUUGGCGAUAUUUGUGUAUAUGCAAUUUUCUGUAUAUAAACCUUAUUACUGUCA